ACAUCAGGAUUAAUUAAUGAAUCCAAGGGCCAAUAUCUCCGUGUGAAUAACUACUUGGAAUACUAGAAUAUAGAAGGAAAUAUCCCUGGAAUAGUAUUAAGGAGCAAACACUUAUCAGCCUAGGUUUGAUUAACUGAGCAGUGACUGGAGAACUCCUGUGGAAGUGGAUGGGGCAAAAGAAGCACCAAUAGACUUAAGAUAAGCAAAGAGAUGAGAUGGAUGAUUUGAUGUAGAGCCAAAUGUAGAAAUGACAUAAACAGUCAAUGUUCCAGUUGGCAGUAGCAAUAGGUUGCCAUAGAAACUAAUAGAUUUAAUAGAUGUAUGGAAUGGAUGCACUGGCAUGUUCAAUUAUUGCACUGCAUGAGCUAUGAGCUAUGUCAGUGUAUAGUAACCCAGGGGUUCACACUGGGAGUGUCAACUUUGACCAACUGAGCAUUGUACCAGAGGAUAACCAAACACUUGGAAUGGAUUCUAGUUCAGAAGAUAGCUCUUACAAGAACAGGCCAAAUACAUUCCUCUUGUUUGCAUUUGUGUUGGAGUUCCUUAUAUUACUAUUCGUCAUAGUUUUGGAAUACUUUCUAAGAUUCACCGAUGUGUUCCCAGUCCGAAAAGUCAACUUUAACUGUAGCGAUGAGAGCAUAUCUUUCUCUAGCGCAGACUCCUCUUAUGACGAUUUUGCCUUCAACGCUAACAUUCCAAGCUCAGUCGUUAUGACACUCAGCUUCUGUGUACCACCUGUAGUUAUAAUAAUAGGUGAACUCAGUGUGUGGGCCUUCAAUAGCCAGCACCAGAAAGGUGUUAAUAUCAUAUGUAAUCACUGUACCCUGCCACAGCUUGUGAGGCGACUUCUUAGAUUUAUAGGUGUAUUUUUAUUUGGUGCUCUGCUGACUUUAGUAUUUACUGAUGUGACCAAAAUUAUGACUGGCCGAUUACGACCCAACUUUUUAGAAGUGUGCCAGCCAAACCAAACAAUGUGCCGUCUUAUGUCUAGUCAGACGGAUGCCACAUGUACAGCAAGUAACAGAGAUGAUAUUCGGAAUGCAAGGUUAUCAUUUCCAUCACUUCAUGCAUCAGUAACCUCAUUCUCUGCAAUAUACCUUGUAAUUUAUAUUCAUGGAACGAUAACUACUCAUCAUGUGAGAAUUAUGCAGCCAUUCCUGUCGCUGACAUUUGUGAUAUUGAGCUUGCUUUGUGGAUACUCGAGAGUAGGUCGAUAUCAGAGCCAUUGGACAGAUGUACUGGCUGGUUUCAUACUAGGUCCUCUGAUGGCACUUUAUUUGGGGGUGUAUGUUCUGAACAGCUUCCAAGAGAGAAUGUCUGGGAAACAGUUAUACACAAAGCUUAAGUAUUUUAUGGAAGAGCAGAGUGCUAAAGAGGCUAAGGACAGUUAUAAAGAGGAGAAGUUGUCUCGGUCAGUUUACCUAAAGGAGACUCUUACGGAGAACCAUGCUCCUCCGAGAGAUUUUGGGAUUCCAAGGCCAAUAGUACGACUUGAUUCAAGUGAUACUGACUCCAGACUGAGACCGCAUGAUACUUUUCAGAGGGAGUUAAGGAGGUCUGUGAAUAAUCAUCAAAGACGGACAUCUUAUAAUUCAAAUACCAAUCACAGUCACAUGUGAACCCUUGUGCUAUAAAAUUUAGCAGUAGUUUAAGUUCAAUGAAUCAAGUAAAAUGGAAAAUAGUUGUAUUCAGACAAAAUAUAUUUACACUUUUUAUUUGAAAUUGUAACAGAAAUGUAUUGUAUAUAGACAAUAGAAUAUGACAUUAAACGUUGUUAUUCGUCCUACUUGAUUGUGCCCAAAUUAUGACACUGAUUGUGUAUUUAUUGUAUUAUAUAAUUUAUUAUAAGCUUGAACAAUGUCAAAAAUUUGUUUCUAAAUAAUAAAGUACAUAUGUAAAUAUAAACAGCUGGUAUUUAUUUUCAUGAUAUUUCUAUUCUUGCUACAUGUUUUUGCCAUAUUGUUCAAUAAACUUUAAAGAUCACACAAUGCCC